AUGGCAUCCCCGGUCAAACCGGCUGACGAGAAUUCAGAUUCGGCACCAAACGUAGAGGGCUUUGAGACACUGAAGUACCAGCUCCUUGGACCCUCCCUCACCAAAGCGGGACAGGAUGCGGUUGAUCAGCAGAAGGUAUCCGAAAUAAUUUACAAUGCCUCCAAAGGCUCUAAAUUCUUUAACCAUGAACAAGAGCGCGAUCGCAAUCUCACCGUCAAGAUCGAGCGCAUUCUCAGAGAGAAAGCCCGCCUGGAAAAGCUAGAUUUAAGCCAUGAUCUUCGGCGCGCAGAUGAGUAUCUAGCGGAACUCGAACUUGGUCGAGACCUAUCGCAAUAUGUGAUCCACGUUGAUUGCGACGCAUUCUUUGCCGCUGUCGAAGAAUUGGACCGACCCGAAUUAAAGUCGGUGCCUAUGGCUGUCGGUAAAGGCGUGCUUACCACAUGCAACUACCUGGCCAGGAAGUUUGGUGUCCGCAGUGGCAUGGCCUCCUUCGUGGCCAAGAAGCUUUGCCCACAGCUGGUACUGUUGCCGCAGAACUACGAGAAGUAUACUGCCAAAGCCAAAGAAAUCCGCGCUAUCAUGGCCCAGUACGACCCCCUCUUUGAGAGUGCAAGUAUUGAUGAGGCCUAUUUGAACAUCACGGCAUACUGUUCAGAAAACCAAUUGCCUCCCGAGGAAGCCGUCCAGCGAAUGCGAGCCGAAAUCCUGGAAACCACCAAGGUCUCAGUCUCCGCUGGCAUCGCGGCGAAUGCGAAGAUAGCCAAAAUUUGCUCGAACAAGAACAAACCGAACGGGCAGUUCCGCAUACAGAAUGAUCGCGAGGCGAUCAUGGAGUUUAUGCGAGACCUGCCCGUUCGCAAAGUGAAUGGGGUUGGCCGUGUUUUCGAACGGGAACUCGACUCAAUCGGCAUCAAGACAUGUGGAGAUAUCUAUCCGCAGCGUGCACUGCUGACCAACCUUUUUGGUGAGAAGGCCUUCCAGUUCUUGGCCCAGUGCUAUCUGGGCCUCGGCCGCACCAAAAUAGAGCCUGUUGAAACUUACGAGCGAAAAAGUGUGGGCACUGAAACCACCUUCCAUGAAAUAGGGGACAAAGACGAGCUUCGUAAAAAGCUACAAUGGGCUGCGAAUGAGUUGGAACAAGACUUAGCACGGACCCAAUUCAAGGGCCGUACCCUUUGUCUGAAGGUGAAACUUCAUACUUUCGAAGUUCUGACUCGCCAAACGGCUCCUCCACAUGCAGUAUCCAGAGCUAAGGAUCUUUACUCAUUUUCGCUUCCCAUGCUUGCCAAAUUGGAAAAAGAGAUUCCGGGCAUGAAGCUUCGAUUGCUGGGCCUGCGAGUCACGAAUCUAGUCAGUACCAAGAAAGUAGGUACUAACUUUUUCGGAGUCGCCGUCCAAGCCAAGCCCAGUACUACACCAGCUCCCGACCAGAAAGCUGACCUCGACAUUGGGGCCGAGGAGGCCUUUGAGACUGCCGCUCGUCAAGAAAUCCAAGAUGAGAUGAAUGACUUAGAGCAACUUACCCAAGAGGCUGCUAAUCUACCUGAUACACCUGAUCCCGAGAUAGCUGAGACGGUCGUGGCAGGCCCCGUUGACCCUCAUCCUGUCCUACAUUGGGAAUGUCCUAUCUGUGGCCGACCACAGGUUGCCGAUGACCGAACUUUCAACGAUCACAUGGAUUUCUGCUUAUCCCGGCAAACCAUCCGUGAAGUUAUCCAAGAUACCUCCCACGAAGAGAGUUGCGUACCUGUCGAUCGCAAAAGAAAAGCCCCUUCUCAGCAACCCACUACUGAGAUUGAUCCACGCCAAAAACGGCUUUUCUUUAGUUAA